AUGAGAGGAAGGAAGAAAUUAGGAUUCCGAGGACGUCGACGUGAAGGCCAUGAUCAUGGUGAUGACCUGAGAUCGGUCGCUGAGUACGAAUAUGGCGAAAAAACAUAUACACAGGCAGAAAUUGAACAAGCGAUUGUAAACGCCAAACAUCCUUUCGAAGAUUUCGGUUUGAUUGAAUCGAAGGCACUAACUCCAUCACAGCGCGCAAUUACAAGUUGUAUAGAGAUAAAUGGAGAGUAUGCAUCUGAAGAAAUCUUAUUAAACUUUUUACAGACCCACUGGAAUUUCAUUGGGAAAAUGAAUAUAAAAUUGCCUAACAAUAUGCCAGAUACCAGAAUAUUGCAUAUAAAUCUUGCCGUUAAAAAGAAACAAUUGCCUUUAUUUGUUCAGAGUCCAAAUGACCCAUUGGUAUGGACUGUAAAUAAAAAUCCAGAAGCUGAUAAGGCCACAACAAAAUCGUCAGCUGAAGAUGUUGAAAGUGAACAAACAAUACCUCCAUCUGAAUCUGAAAAUUUCUCCGAGACACCUCAACAACUAUUUCAAGAUGUAAUAUAUCAAAUCGUUUAUGAUUCACCCGAAGGAAUCACUCAGGAAAAAAUAUAUAAUGAAGCCAAACCGUUUCAUAGGUGUCCUGGAAUAUUUUCGAAUUUACCUCUUAACCGAAGAGUGAAAGCUACCUUGCUUUUCUUGAAAUCAUCGAUGAAAGUUUUUGAACUGAACGGAUGUUGGUCAUGCAAUGGUUAUAUUCCGUUGGCUUUAUCUAAAAAUGUUGAUAAAAUGUGUAUUAAGACCGAUGAUUCGCUUGGAAAGCUCUCUAGUCUUUCUAUCGAAGAUCUGUAUAAUUUAUUGAAACAAAGGAAUGUUUAUUAA